CAGAUAUUUAAAAGUUGAAAUGGCGGUAGACGUGGAUGUUGAUAACGAAAUAGAAAAUUCGAUGAAAAUUAUGUUUCCUAUAAUGGUAAAUAUUGGCAUGGCGGCCCUAAGCUACGCCCUAACUGUAAGGACCAUACCGAAACUGAAGGAAAAGUUUAUUAAAGCCAAUUUGUUCGGUAUAGAUAUGAGCAAAACUACCAGUGAUAAAGUGCCAGAGUCUUUGGGAAUCGUUUCGGGGUUUAUAUUUUUAAUCACUUUGGUGCUAUUCAUUCCUGUGGCAUUCGGAAACAAUUUGCUUCAGAAGGAAUCGUUUCCCUAUGAUGAGUACGUUAAAUGUAUAGUAGCAUUACUGUCCAUAUGCUGUAUGCUUCUACUAGGCUUUGCUGAUGAUGUAUUAGAUGUUCCUUGGCGUCAGAAGUUAUUACUGCCCACUAUAGCGUCUCUGCCACUGUUAACAGUUUACUAUGUUAGCUUUAAUAUGACAACUAUUAUAGUUCCUAAACCGUUUAGAGAUUGGUUUGGGGUUAGUGUCGAUAUAGGCAUUAUUUAUUAUUUGUACAUGGGAAUGUUUGCUGUGUUUUGUACUAAUGCCAUAAAUAUAUUAGCGGGAGUUAAUGGCCUAGAAGCUGGCCAAAGUGUCGUCAUUGCCAUUUCGAUUGCCAUUUUUAACUUUGUGGAAUUGACGGGGCCCUUGUGGAAGGCCCAUCAAUUUAGUUUGUAUUUUAUGCUGCCCUAUAUAGGAACCUCCCUUGCACUGCUUAAACACAAUUGGUAUCCGGCGUCGGUAUUUGUCGGCGACACCUUCUGCUACUUCUCCGGCAUGACGUUCGCGGUGGUCGCCAUCCUGGGCCACUUCAGCAAAACCGCCCUGCUGUUCUUCAUGCCGCAAGUGUUCAAUUUUAUCUAUUCCGUGCCGCAACUCUUCAAAUUUAUACCGUGUCCCAGGCAUCGAUUGCCGAAAUUCAACUCGAAAACCGACAAAAUGGAGUGCAGCACCACCGUCUUUAAAUAUAACGACCUACGGUUCCUCGGUAAACUGGCGGUGAACGUUUUUAGAACGUUUAAAUUGAUACGUUGGGAGGAAAAGGGGGGCGUGGUGGUGACCAAUAAUUUCACCCUGAUUAAUUUAGUUUUGUUGUAUUGCGGGCCUAUGCACGAGGCGAGGCUCACCACCGUCCUGUUGGUUAUUCAAAUGUUGUGUACGGGUUUGGCGUUUCUUAUUAGAUAUCCGUUUGCGUCUGUCUUUUAUGAUGUUUGAUCAAUUGUUGCGUAGGUAAGUUUUAGUGUAAUAGAACCUUAUAUAUAGGAAUUAAUUUUACGAUACAAGGAUGGUUAAUUAUAAAACUCUUGUUUUUCUUUAGAGGCAUACUAUGUUAAUAAUUCCUAAUUUUGUCUCACUACUAUUAAAAAAAAUCCUAUAGGACCAUUGUUAUUAACUUGAAAGAAAUUUUCUUGAUCAUACAACUCAAAAAUUGUGCCAUUACACAGGCAGACAAUGUGCGAGUACACUAUUUCUAAUUAGAUUUGUAAAGAGACAAAAGAAAACAAAUACUGUAUAAUUAAUGUUUAUUUAAGUAUCUGUUGCCAAAGAUUUAAUUAACCUUAAUAGAUUUAGCUUAAGAUGAAUUCCCAAAGCAAUUUUAUUCAUGAUAGAAGCCUUAACAACAAACUUACCGUUUACGCUUUAGAUAUAUUUUACUUUAAGCUAGGAUAUAGCGAAAAAAGUGCCUGCUUCUCUAAGCUUUCCUAUAAAGGCUCGUAUAGGGUCGGUAGCCUUAAAUUCUGUGACUGUAAAGCACAUUAGAAACUUUAAUGAUGCAAUACUUUUAACUGCUCAAAAACUGGUUUACAGGGAAAAUAUAGAACAUAUCCCUUAGACGUAAGGAAUCAGACGAAAUACAAAAAUUGUUAAUAAA